UAUUCAUGGUCUGCAUGUCCAUCACGCGCUUUUAUAAGUGGCGUACAGACAGGAGUGAUGGCGAUAAAUACAGACCAGCAGGAGGCCUGUCAGCCUAUGAGUUGCUACCCAUGGCCAAUGGCUUCGCAAUUAGAACAUCGGUCAAGUUCAAUGGAGGCUUCAAUGGAGGCCGGAGACGGCAGCUCUUAUUUCAUUAUAUGGACGGUGGACAUUGCCCUUGCUCUUCCAAGGGAGGAAACCGACAGUUCGGCUGACCCCGAAAAGGCCGUGAAAAAAAAGGAUACCACUAUGGUCAGAGGUCACAAGCGGGAACGGUGCUACCACCUUGAAUACAAGCUUCUGCCUGACGACACUGAGGCGGUCGCGAUCGAUGUUCUAAUAUUUGGUCAUGUGGCUAAAGUGUACAAAGAUAAUGAGUUCCAGAUCAUGUACAUGUGGCAAGAAGGGGAUCAGAUGUGGAUCAGUUGGACCCAUAGCUAUAGAAUAGGUAUUAAUAGAGACAUCUUGGUCAGUCUGCGCCCUCAUAAGGUCGUGUUGAAAAUAUGGAACAGCGAGGAGAAAAUGUGUCCCAGGGCUCGCUCGGACAAAAACAUUCGAUUUUUACACCUGGAAAGAGCCGUAAACACGCCGGACGACGUUGAGGAUAUGAUAAACAAACUGCGAAUCACUUGUGCGAAUACUUUCAUUCCAAAACACAAACGCAAGAUCCCUUUAGAUUGUUCGGAAACUGCCAGGCAGAUGGCAGCAAGUUUCCAGAAACCGAGAAUUACUCCCUGUGAACUUAAAGAAAUCAGAAAGUAUGGCGCUACAACAGUGGAAAUCAACCUGAUUCACUUUUUGGCCGGCGAAACCUCUGUGACCGAGUGCUUUCCAGUCUGUUCAUCUGAUGUGUUUGAGGUACUGAUCAACAUCUCCCUGGACAAUGAUCUGUUAUCUGAUAAACUCAAAGUGGAACUCAAUCCUCUGGUUAUCACAAUUUUGUCGGCAACCUCCUUGCCGUCGUCCCCAGUGCCCUUCCAUGAGCUAAUGGAGAAAUGCACGCCCGUCUACUGUCAGUAUCAGUUUCACAACCUGGGCAUUCACACCACAAACUAUCACAAGCACGAGGCUAAAAUUCAUUUCAGAGAUGUCAACGUCGUCCUGACGGGCUUGAUGAGUCCUCAUGAGUUUAAGGACUUCCUGGCCAGCUCACCUUUGCAGAUAGAGGUUCAUGACCGUGACAGGAGGUUGGAGGUAAGAGAAGAACCAAACAAAUAUCAAAAAACGGAAGGCUCGUUCAAACAAAAAAUAGACAUUCUGAACCCGUACGGCAUUGCUUAUCUAGAUUUAUCCGAGAUACUAUUUGGGAAAAAAAGGCUAAGGGUGUAUUUACCCAUCAAACAUGGCCCUCCGCCACCGAAAGGACCUCUGCAGGUUGACAGGAAAACGUGUGCCUGGAAGAUGUCGGACACAACCGCCCUCAGAGCUCUGCCACAAGGUCACUACUACAACGCCAAUUCUCAACUCAAAGUUCAAGUCGAGAUAGCCCACCCGCUGAAUACGAGAGAUAGCAGCGGGUCCUGUGACGGUCCGUUUGGGCGCAUCAUCUACCUCUUCGAUAACAAGAACCUGGACAUUAAGACGAAACUGAGAUCGGAGAUCCUCCGAAUCAAUGGAUCAGCUUUCAAUCUGGACUCGCAAUCGUUGGAAGGCAUAGAAAGAGCUCUGUCCAAUUUCAUAUGUGAUGAGAAGAAGGAUUUAAAUUACGUUACUGGAUUCCACGUGCUGGAUAUGAAGACACACAUAUUUGUUCUUGAAGGGCUAAAGCAAAAGGCAGUCCAGAGACUUUUUGAGGCCGUUCCUAUAAACCUGAACGCUAAUGAGGAGGAGUCAGUCAUUGUUCUCUACAAUUCAAACCUGGGUUUUUACAAGCGCAUCUACAACUCGUUGGAUGUGAGUCUGAGUCCGAUCUAUCUGAUCGAGUCACUACUGACCGUCAUGAAAGAGCCACGGAUCUACAACAGAGCCAAAGUCCCAGAGCCGUGCUUCCACGCGUUGUCAAAACUGAGCCAUUUGUGUCAACUGAGGGAACUGACGGAGGUGGUGAAAUAUGACCUCUUCCCCUCGGCGGACAUGAUUGUAAGCAUGAGCAAAAGAUUUGGCGUCUCUGCUGAGCUUUGGAAGCUCAAGACCAGCUCAAGUACCGAGAUUGAUUCACCAACCCGACUGGCCAGGAUGAAACGGAAACUGCCACUGGAAAUCUACAACAAAGAAUAUGCCAAAUGGAAGCUGGACUGCCAACAGGUGCCUUUGAAGGACUUCAAUCGGGGACACCUGCGAUUGAUAAAAAGCCUAAGUGAGAAACUUCAGAAGCCAAAGGCUGCUGUCAUAAUAAUUGACCAGGACGCAACCAAACCGGCACACAACUACAGCAUCCAGACAUUCAACUCAAAUUUGCUAGCCAUGCAGCUACUCCAGGAUGAAAUGGCAAAGUGGCCAGGGCGCAGGUACACUUACAGUCAACAGUACCACAGUGCAACGCUGGCUUUCAGGGACGCGAUUUCUAAAAUCCAACCAAGCUGCAGGACCCCCUCCAAGGCCUGGUUCUCAUAUUUUGGCAGCGACAGAACCAAAAUGAACACUAAAUAUUUAGAUGAAGCUCGCGUGGAGGAACUAAGGUUGUCAUGGAAGGAGAACAUCCUUCAUGGACAUUUGCUCAAGCAAACGCGAGUAAGGAAGCAGUGGAGCUGGAGCCAACGUCAUAAUAAUUUCGACCUCUUCACCAAACCGCCUCCGUUCUUUGAUAUGCUGUCUCUGACAAAGGAACGCAGAUUUAAUGAAAAGCAAAUUACUAAAAAGGAGCAUGAAGAAGGGACGGCCAAAGCUUUGGAGAGCUGAUGAAUUGAUCCAGUCUGAUGAAGAAGACUGUGCAUCAACAGGUCAAAGGUUAGGGCUAAGCUAGGUGUGGCAAUCAUACACAGCAAAUGUAAUGAAUCUACAACAAAACUCUUUUUAAUUGUGUCUUUUUUGCAUGUACAUAUACAAGACAAUUGUUCGGAAAGAGAAAGCAGACAAAAAGUGAAAAACUUUUUAUCUUUUUUUUUUUUUAAAGUGUCAUUUAUGCCCUUUACUUUGACUGACCUUUGGCCUCGCUUUAAUCCAUGUAUCCAGUGUAAAUAUAUUAAAAUACCUAAGUCAGUAUAAAAUGAGUGACAGCAACCACCUUUAUACCAAAUAAAA